UUUUUUUUCCUCCUCAGGGGUGGUGGCCGCUGUUUUGCUUCAUAGCUUCCAGAUCAGCCCACGAAAGCAUGGGAAUGUAGGCAGGGAAAUUCACGGGUAAACUCGCGUUAAACUGCUCGAUAAAGUUACUGUAACUUCCCCGCGAGUUGUUCCGCGUCCCAGGAGCUCAGCUGUGACAGCACAGGCCGGCGGAGAGAGACGCUCAUUGAGGCCUUUUGACCAGUGAGCGAUCCCGGACAAAGGAAAAGAGAGACCGAGCUAACGUUAGCUGGCUCCCGGGCUAACUUAGCAUUCCUCUAGCUGCGGCGCAAUGCAGGCCAUAAAGUGUGUUGUGGUCGGAGACGGAGCUGUGGGUAAGACCUGUCUGCUCAUCAGCUACACUACCAAUGCCUUUCCUGGAGAGUACAUCCCCACAGUGUUCGACAACUACUCCGCCAAUGUUAUGGUGGACGGGAAGCCGGUGAACCUGGGCCUCUGGGAUACGGCAGGACAAGAAGAUUAUGACAGACUCCGCCCACUUUCCUACCCACAGACGGUACAACAACCACAACAAAAAAAAAAAUUAUCAGACAUUGCUGAUGUGUUUCUUAUCUGCUUUUCGCUUGUGAGUCCUGCCUCCUUUGAAAACGUCCGUGCCAAGUGGUACCCUGAGGUGAGACACCAUUGUCCCAACACUCCCAUAAUCCUCGUGGGCACCAAACUGGAUCUGAGAGAUGACAAAGACACCAUGGAGAAGCUGAAGGAGAAGAAACUCUCUCCCAUUACUUAUCCCCAAGGACUGGCCAUGGCCAAAGAGAUUGGUUCUGUCAAGUACCUGGAGUGUUCAGCUUUGACUCAGCGUGGCCUUAAAACUGUGUUCGAUGAGGCCAUCCGGGCCGUCCUGUGCCCUCCACCCGUCAAAAAGAAGGGCAAGAAGUGCUCUCUCCUCUAAGACUUCCUUCACUGGAACAGUUACAGGGGAACAUGACCGCUAGUGGUGAGAGUGGCUAAAGACACAGGAGAAACACACCAGUAUACACACACAAAAACAAUGUAUUUCAGAUUCUGUCCUUCCAUAUGUGUAGCUGCAACAGUUAUACCAACCGUUUCCAUGAAAACUCUAACAUAGGGUCAAGUUUAGGAGAAGGGGUUGGACUAUUUUAGACCCUAGUUCUUAACAAUGAAUACUGUAUAGACGAGACUAUGAAUUUCUUGAGGCCUUCUAAAAUGGAUUGGAUGUUUUGUAAAACGGACCGUGGAAUGUCUUCAACUUUUUCUUCCACUGGUUGUCCACUGGGGUUUUUUUGUUUGUUUUUUGUUUACAGUCUUGGUAGUUUGUUUUAAGUGGAAGAAAUUUUGCCAAAUACACUCUGCACACAUGCUGUAUUUUAGCCGAAAAGAAAUCCUUUGUUCUGUUGUCUCAAACCUUUAAAACACAGCCGACAGUCUGCUGCUGUCCACCAUAUCUAGCAUUUACAAGUCAAAAACUUCACUUUCUCUCCGUGAAGGCAGUUGUCACCUCACUGUCAACAAAAAGCUUGAAGUAACCAUCUGUGGAGUUUUAUUGCCUCCACUUGCCAUGUACCAUAACCUCUUUACCAGUACUUAAUUUUUGGCCCUAAUAUGAUUCAUUGUAAUUUAUUCUUAUGGUUUGAAUGAAGCCUGAAGCAGAGAGGAAAUUCAGACUGGGGGGGAAAGGUCUGCUGACACCAACAGUGCUACAAAUCCCAGAAAAAUUUCCAGUAUUUUAGGCAUUUGGCUCCAAUUGGACCCGUCAUGUUUGUGGUGUUUUUCUUUCCUCUUUGCAAUAUUCCCCCUAGAAGUGUCUCGACUGUAUAGCUGCCCAGGAGCGCGAAGCUGAAAACUUGAUUUUGUAUUGGAAGAGAAAUAUUCAGGUGUUUUUGGUGAUGGGGGAACAAGAGAGCCUUUAAUGCUCUGUGGGCAUUUAUCCGAAACCUUUUUGUUCAGCACAUUUUAUUUUUAUUUUUAUUUUUAGCAUCACUACUGGCUAAGCAAUGUCACUAAGAAGAGCAUUUAUGCCUGCUAAUAACAGUAACAAAGCUACUGUCGGUUAUGGUGUAGUAUACAGUGUACUCAUCUUUUUUUUUGUUAUAAUCAUGUGAUUUGACUAUUUUGUAUCUUUCUUCACAGAAGUUAGACUCACUCACUGUAUUGUUAAACUAACACUAUGAAUAUCCUUUGUUUAUUACCUCUGCAGUUAAUGCUACCUUAAUCUCCCUACAAUCCUAGCUUUUUGUAAUUAAUGCUGAUAGCAUGUACAUGCAUCAUAUACUGAAAACUAAGAUUAGAAUUGCUACAGUUAUAUUUUUUUGCCUAUUUACAAAAUGUAUUUGAACUACUAGAUCAGGGGUUAAGUACAUGUUGCUCAUCGGUAUUGUAUUCAGACUCCAAGCUGUGCUUUAAUUCAAGCCAAUGUUGUGACUCUUUAGUUUUAUGGAUAAAAGCUAUUGUCACUUUUUGAAAAAGCCAAUAAAUUCCUGUAAAACAGA